AGCCGUGUGCGCUGUACACCCAGGCAGAGCGGUAGGUAGCGAGAGGGAGAGACACGGAGUGCGCGCGCGCACACGCACUUCCUGGAGCUCUGAGAAGCAGAAACAAACAAACAAACAAGCAAACAAACAAUAAACAACAUGGAGGAGACGAGUUAAAACUUCGUGUGGAAUGGACGGAGGGAUGUGUGGCACACGGUUUAAAAAAGGGAAAAAAUAGCCAAUGUCUGGGAAACUUGUAUUCAUCCGCAGUACAGCUAAGCUAAGCUAAGCGGCCUAGCUAGCUAGCUAACGCUCCAGCACGCAGCGUCGCUGUCAUUAUACUUUUAUUUAGUUAAUGUUUCCAGAGCAGAAACUCCACCAGUUGCUUUUCAGAAGCAUUAUUUCUAGCAGAUAAACACAACCCGUGUCCUGUCGCUAUUCUCUCCGUCGCACUUGUUUCCACUGAAGCGUUAGCCCGGUGUUUUCGAUGCUAGCUUGUUUGUUAGCUCGCUAAGUUUCCAAAGUUGCUCCAGGAAAGAAAAAAAAAAAUCCCUCAGUGUGAGUGAGAUAUGAGAUGCCCAGCCUGGGAGGACACGCUCGUCAAACGCUCAUUUUUCACACACCAGACGUCCUUUUCCCCACCUACUGAAUGUCCCUAGUUUUUGGAAACUCGCUUCUGUUUUCACGCGUCGUGUUUGUAUUAUAUUAUUUUCCUAGCUAGCUGGCUAGCAAGCAAUGUCUGUCCCGUCCGCAGAAAUGAUCGAGACACCUCCUGGAUAUCCUUUCGAAGAGAUUGAUUAUGCAGACAUUGACGUGGAAGAGGUGGUGGGCAGAGGAGCUUUCGGAGUCGUGUGCAAGGCCAAAUGGAAAGGCAAAGAUGUUGCCAUCAAGACCAUCGAGAGCGAAUCAGAAAGGAAUGCUUUUGUUGUCGAGCUUCGUCAGUUGUCUCGUGUGAAUCACCCCAACAUCGUGAAGUUGUACGGCUCCUGUAAAAAUCCCGUAUGUCUGGUCAUGGAGUAUGCAGAAGGCGGCUCUCUGUACAAUGUGUUGCACGGCGCAGAGCCACUCCCGCACUACACAGCGUCCCACGCCAUGAGCUGGUGUAUGCAGUGUGCUCAGGGCGUCUCGUAUCUCCACGGCAUGAAACCAAAGGCGCUCAUUCACAGGGACCUCAAGCCACCCAAUCUGCUGCUGGUCGCUGGAGGCACCGUUCUCAAGAUCUGCGACUUCGGGACGGCGUGCGACAUCCAGACGCACAUGACCAACAACAAAGGCAGCGCAGCCUGGAUGGCUCCCGAGGUGUUCGAAGGCAGUAACUACAGCGAGAAGUGUGACGUGUUCAGCUGGGGCAUUAUUCUGUGGGAGGUGAUCACGCGCAGGAAGCCUUUUGAUGAGAUCGGAGGACCUGCCUUCCGGAUCAUGUGGGCCGUGCACCGUGGAACUCGUCCUCCCCUCAUUAAGAACCUGCCCAAGCCCAUAGAGAGUCUGAUGACACGCUGCUGGUCGAAAGAUCCCUCACAGCGGCCUUCCAUGGAGGAGAUUGUCAAAAUCAUGACCCACCUGAUGAAGUAUUUCCCCGGGUCAGACGAGCCUCUGCAGGACCCAUAUCAAUAUUCAGAUGAAGGCCAGAGCAACUCUGCUACCAGCACAGGGUCCUUCCCCAGCUUGAGCAACAGGAACGACGGCAGCAUGGAUCACGGCACGCCAGCCGGCACCAACGACACCAUCAAGACCAUCGAGAAGUUCGCACCGUUAAAACCAAAGGGUGAUCCACUGAGGCCUGGGCAUCCUCUGUCAAGAGGGGGCAGCGUUGAGAGUCUGUCAGUGCCAGGCAGAACACACUGCCUGCCCUCAUCCGACAGCAAACGAAUGAGUGCUGACCUCUCUGAGCUCAGACAGGAUGACAAGAUGCCUUUCUCUGCAGCAGCGCGGCCGCAGUAUAAACGAGGCCACCGUAAAACAGCGUCACACGGCACCAUUUUGGACAUUCCAGAGAUCGUCAUCACAGCCACCUGUGACCUUAGACGGAGGUCAGUACAGGAUCUCCCCGCCGCCUUCCCUGGAGACACCGGACAGGAAAGCAGGAACAGCAGCAGGUCGUCCAGUCCCAGCGUCAGGAUGAUCACGUCCGACAAAAGAUACAUUUUCUCGCCCGAUGACCCUACAGACACUAACGGCUCUGAUAACUCCAUCCCUAUGGCUUAUCUGACCCUGGAUCAUCAGUUACAGCCGCUCGCUCCGUGCCCAAACUCCAAGGAGUCGAUGGCGGUUUUUGAGCAGCACUGUAAGAUGGCGCAGGAGUACCUGAAAGUGCAGACGGAGAUCGCGCUGCUCAUCCAGAGGAAGAACGAGCUGAUAGCCGAGCUCGAUCAGGACGAGAAGGACCAGCAGAACACGUCUCGCCUGGUCCAGGAGCACAAGAAGCUUCUCGAAGAGAACAAGAGCUUGUCUACCUACUUCCAGCAGUGCAAGAAGCAACUGGAGAUCAUCCGUGCACAGCAACAGAAAAGACAGGGCACGUCAUGAUGCCUUUUCAGAAAAAAAAAAAAAUGCCCCGUACACAGACUGGCUCACUUUUUUUUUUUUUUCUUUUUUUUUUUUCUCUUUCUUUCAGCCCCAGUUAAUCCUGAUUUUCUCUUGUAGCAGCCUGUAUCUCAACACCAUGGAUUGACUGGAUUGGCUAGGACUGUGCACGAGCAUGCUGCCUCUACAACAGGAUCGAGAGCCAGCUCUUUUUAAAUAAAAGAAAAGAGAGAGCGAGCAGUGCAUUUAUAUACACACUAAUGCCCCUGUUGGUCCUAAUGAGCCAAAGUUUAGCGCUUUUUUUCUUUCUUUCUUUUAAAAUAGUGACCUGUGCAGAUUCAAGGCCUCAGUGAAGAACCACGUCUGUAAAUCCCGUCAGUUUCACAGGGUUCGAUUUUGCCCUUCCUCACCAAUCCCAUAAUUCCCCCGGAGGAUCAGGAAACGCCGCUUUGCUGGCUGUCGAUCCUUGGAAUGUGAACACGAAGCGCUUUUUUUUAUUUUUUUUUUUUUUAUUUGAGAAAGUUACAUGGAUUCUAAACUGAUUUUACUUUAUUUGUGUAUAUAUUUAUAUAGUUUGUAUCUUAUUUUCAUUUUUAACCUUAUGCAAAAACUGUAUCUUUGAUGGUAUUUCUUGCGAAAGGCGUUUUAACGUUAAAAAGGGGGAUGUAUUUUGCAUAUGCCUUGCACGUUGUACCUUGAACCCAGCGCCUGUGAUGAAAUACUGGAGCCUCACACAUACGGAAAAAAAAAAAGAUGCAAUAUUUUAAAUAACUGUUUUUUUUUUUUUCUUUUCUAGUUGAGCUGUAAAGCCAGAUUAACCCAGCUCGGCAGUAGGUAGGUAGGUAGGUAUAGGUUAUGGAAUUGUGAUACAAAGCCAGCUAAUCAAGAUGACAGUGUUGUGUUUUUUUGUUUUUGUUUUUUUCCUCCCCCUUCUUUAUUUAUCAUCUGCUGAUGUUGUACGGUGACUUGCACACAGGUCUCGAUGGGGUAGAAUCUUUUUUUUUUUUUGUGGGGGGGGGUUAUUCUUAGUUCACAUGUUGCCUUAGAGGUUUAAUCGCUUGCAUUUACUUGCGUUUUAAUAAGGCAGACUCGUUAAGUGUAAUUAACAGUAUAACCAAUUGGUGUGCUUGAGUGGAUUUUUUUUUUUUUCUUUAAUGCAAGGAAAUGGAAUCAGGAAGCUAACGUGAACCAGAUUUUUAUUAUUAUUUUAUUAUUAUGAUUAUUAUUUUUUUAAAUCUGGUCAACAGUGUGGUGUUGGUACGCUGCGGAAAUCACUGACCGUCAUGUCCGUCACUCGUGAUUCCAUUUCAUUCAGUCGUCAGUUGCGUUUCAUUUGUACGUGUGGGGUUUUUUUUUCCCCUCUUUUUCCCUUUGUCGCAUUUUAAGAAAAGAGCUUGUCCAUUCAAAGCAGGUGACACCUCCUUCUCGUCCUCCUUUCCUCCUGUUUUGCACAGUCGCCUCGUUCACAAUGACACAAGUUACCGUUUCACUCAAAACAUUUCUAAGCAUGAAGGGGAAAAAAUAUCACAAUCUUGAUUUGUCUUUUGGUUUUUUUUUUCUUCCCUUCUCGACCUAUUUGUUCCAUUUAUAUGAUGUGUCUGUAUUAUGCGUUGUACAUAAGACGUCUGAUUUCUUAAGCUAUGGGGAGUGGGAUUGCACAGAGGAGUAUGGCAUCUUGAAAUAAAACAGACAGGUGGACAUUGUGCAACCUU